AUGGGCGACGCAGUCCAACUCAUCAAUAGACCCAACAUGAUGUUCAAAACCUUCAUCGCGCAUGAAGCGCAAGAUUUCAUCAUACAGAAAGACCUAUCGCCGGCAGAGGAAAAGGACAAGAAGCGCAAGAGGAGGAGCUCCUCCCGUGCAGCAUCCAGCAAGGGAAAGCCGAACGGGCUGCCAAGUGCACCGUGUCACUGGGGCGAUCGCGGACGGCGCAUUCAAGUGAAGCAGAGCGACCUGCGCGACGAGGUGGACAUCGCCGCCCUGGGCUUGAAAGCUCUUGUUGGAGCCGCGCGGGGCGACGUAGAAGCUGCAGUCACGGCGGUGCGCUUCAUAGAGCUUCGGAUUCAGGGGAUGCCGGAGUGUAUCCGCGCAUCCCUCAAGGAAGCCAAUGUCACACCUGCAGAUAUCAGGGUGGCGGAGCUCCACGGCACGGGGACCGCUUUGGGAGAUCCCAUCGAGGGAGAGUUGUUGGAGUUGGGCAGCACCAGCGGCUAUGCGGGUGUCUCCUCUUUCGGCUUCGGCGGCACUAACGCGCGUGCGGACGUGUGGGGGAAAGCACAGAUGGGUCAAGCGGACGACCGAGUCGAAGAGGACAGGGUGGCUUCUGUGGAGAAAGAUGGUGAAACGACUGCAGACACUGGGGUUCUAAAAGAGAUGAAGAGAACAAGAACUGAGGAGAUGCCUUGGGAGCAUGGAGUGGAAAAGCGCUUGUGCAGUACCAUCCAAGCUGCUUUGGUUUUGCCAAGUGCUGCUUUUGGAGCAAAGGGGCUGGCGUCGAAGACUAAGACACCUUGUCACUAUCAAUUCUUGUUGGGGGACGUAGACCUUCGCCAGAGCCGCCCUCGAGCCGCAAAACUUCUGCAGUCCAUGGUGAGGCGGCCCAAAGGCAGCGGCUACGGCCGGCAGCCGGCCUCCUGCGUGCGGGGCGAGUUCGAUUCCUACGAAGUUUGCCUUUGCUAUGAGGGCUCCUACCUGUAUGGCCAGCCUCCAGAAGCUGAAGAGGCUUUACCCAGUGGUAAGGUCUACAUCAAAGGGACCUGGACAGCCUUCGGUGACUUUGAAGAGAUGAAGUUGAAGGAUGGCGUCUUUCACUUUCAGUUUCGUCUGGGAGAAACGCGCUGUGAGCGCUUUUACCUGGCCAUGGACAAGAAGGUCAGGGCCGCUGGGAGACGCAUAGACAUCGGCGAAGUGAAAGAUCCCAAAGCACACCCUUGGGCAUGGGUGAAGUGUCGGAUCCACAUGCGGCUAGAGUUCAAAGCCUACCAACUCGGACGACAAGGCCAUCUUCCCAUGGCAUCCGGCAGGAGCGGGCCUGUGAGCGAUGGCGCGGGCUUCGAAGCGACGGGAGGAGGUGCGGACGUCCGCGUGAAGGGGCCCUGUCCCUUGGAAUCCGACCACUACUUCUUCAUCGAUGGCCGAGAUGAGGAGUGGCCUGAGGGAUCGCUCAUCUCCGUUGCGGCGUGGUGCGACGAGCAAAACGCACGACGGAUCAGCUGGCGCAGGGAGCCAGAGGAAGGUGGUCCGAAGGAAAUGCCCAGCUUUGCGCAUAGCUAUCAGGUCACAGGCUCCUUGACGCAGAUGAAGAUGAUCCCAAUGAAGCCGAUCAAAGGCCUCCGGAACGUCUUCGAGUAUUCCACACGCUUCGGUCUCCAAAGCCACGAGACCUUCCAGUUUGUCCGCGACUACGAUCGCAAGCAGAUCAUCUACCCUGCCAGGAAUCGACCCAAACGCACCAGCAUUCCGGUUCGGGAGCCCGGAGACGAACGAUCGAUCGGCGGGUCGUUGAUUGCGGAUCGAUCGAUGCAGGGCGUUCCACCGGAGCGGAAAGAAAAGAACCGGCAGGAUAGGACUGGCAGGAACGGCAGGCUGUUGGGAGGAACUUUCGAUUUUGGGGAGAUCCGAAGAUCGAGGGUGGAUGUGUGA